GAAGAGCGGCAGCAGUGUACUGAUGAGUGUACGACAUCAGUUGCAACAUCGCCCUGCAUGACUGCCUCCACGCACAGUUCUCUGGUUGGAACGGAAUGCUUAGGAAAUGGGACUCAGCUGUUGGUUCAGGAGCAAUCACAGGAGUCUUUGCAAUGUUGCCAGUGUUCGAGUUGCAGUUUGAACGAUCCAGCACUGUCAUCAGGAAGCAGUAGCUCAGCAAAUGAGAAUGAGAAGUCGAAAAGCCGGCUUUCGGACUACCGAGUUCAGGAUCUCAAAAAUGAAUGCAAAAAACGCCAGUUGCCAGUUUCUGGAGCAAAACCGCAACUUCUGGAGCGACUGAGACCAUACGAAGACUCGAUCCUGUAUCCGUGCGCUGGCAGUACACUGGUGACAGAUGCUGCAUCGGAUUUCGUCUCCGUGCCUUCUCCAGUUUCCGAUGUCUCAACGCAGUCAAAUCGGCUACCUCCGAUCAGUAACGUUAUUGGUGAUUAUGUCCACAAGCAUUCUGUUUCACCGCUCGUCCAGCAGCAGCAGCAGCAGCAGAGCCAGUCGGCAUCGCAACAUUCCGUUGUG